AUGAUGGAACCCCAAGAAGACGAUUCAAACAUGUUAGGAGCUGAAGAAGAAAAUAAAGCCACGGCGGGAGCCAGAGAAGAAGGCAGUGGAAUUGUCCCGGAAGCUAGGUACUCUAACGUGCAGUUCAGCAAAAAUAUGACCAGCGAGGAGCUGUUGGAGAGUUUGAAAUAUUUGAUAGGGCCAGGAGCAGAGGAUGAGAAAAAGCGAAGAGUAAUCAAGUGGACCCAGACGGAGAAGGGUAGGAGAAAAUCUGCAGAAGGUCAAGCUCGCAACAAGGAGAAGAAGAUUGAAAAGUUCAAAAAGUUCCAGAUGCGGAGGGAAAUUGAGAUCGCAGGAGAUGCGCAGAGGGCGGAACUUAGAGCAAUAGCCGAGGUAAAACUUAGAUGGGACGCAGAACAUCCGGAAGAGGCAGCAAAGAGGAGAGAGAAUAAUAAAGGAGCGCGGAAGCGAGCAGCCAGGAAAGCAAAGAAGAGACUUGUAACAGAAUCCCAGAAUGCCAGGGAGAUGGGGCUGUCGACUGCAACAGACAGAAACAUGAUGAAGUCGGACGCUGCGCGUGGUGUGGCAGAGGAGGCUGUCGAGGCUGAUGCUAUGAAGGCAAAGGAGAUGGCUGAUGACGAUUCUGAUGUUAAUAUGAUGAAGGGUUUGGAGUAUGCUGGGAACUCAACAUUCACACUGUCUAUCAGAAGAAAAUAG